CCGGGCCCCCAUGAUGCCCUGCGGCGUGCCGGAGACGGGGCGGUCUCGCCAUGCUGCGCGCGCUGAGCACCCUGGGCGCGCGGCCCUUAGGCCGCCCUCCAGCCCAGUUUCUGUUCCUCGCGCGCGGCCGAAAAACCCGCCACGACCCGCCGGCCAAGUCCAAGAUCGGGCGCGUGGCGACCCCGCCCGCCGUGGAUCCUGCGGAAUUCUUCGUGCUGACGGAGCGUUACCGGCAGUACCGCCAGACGGUGCGCGCCCUCAGGCAGGAGUUCGUGACCGAGGUACGCAGGAAAGCGCAUGAGGCCCGGGCCGGUGUCCUGGCAGAGCGCAAGGCGCUGCAGGAUGCCGCUGAGCACCGCGAGCUGAUGGCCUGGAACCAGGCGGAGAACCAGCGGCUGCAUGAGCUGCGGAUGGCCAGGCUGCGGCAGGAGGCACGGGAGCAGGAGCGGCGGCAAGCGGAGGAGGCGGCCCGGGAAGCCCGAGAGGCGGAGGCCUGGGCCCAGCUCAAGGAGCGGGAAGUGCUGCAGCUGCAGGAGGACGCAAAAAACUUCAUCACCCGAGAGAAUCUGGAGGCACGGGUGGAAGAAGCUUUGGAUUCCCCCAAGAGCUACAAUUGGGCCAUCACCAGAGAGGGGCUGGUGGUCAAGCCACAGCACAAGGGCUCCUGAGGUCCCAAUGAGAACAGUACCCCCCCAGGGACCAUGGAAGUAAAGGGGUUGGGCCUGAUCUGAAAUAAAGCAGUUGGUGUUUCUGAUGAAGGAAAAGGUUCUACCUGUUCCAGUGCAGCCUUCACUUUGGGGCCUCAGCUCCUGCCGCUUGGUCAGAAACUCCACACAUGCAGUGAUGUAUUCUGCACCCAUGUGCAACUCUCAGUAAAGCACCAGACCUGAGAAGUUUCUGUCUCACAGAGAAGCUUAGUCCCCUCAACAGCCAGGUUGUCUCCUGAGUAUCCUCGGGAUCAGUGGUUGGCAUAUUGCAGUUCUUGGACAAAAUCUGGCCUAUUGCUUGUUUUUGUGAAUAAAAUAUACUUCCCUGGUG